AUGCCCGGGAACGUGCUGUCCUCCUGGUUCGGAAUGCGGCCCUCGGCCUGGGUACUGCCGCAAAACCACAACGACUCAGACCACGUCCACGACGUCGACGACGACCACCAGCACCAAAAGCACGACCCAAACUCAGACUGGAACGACAACUACCAGUGUGCUGUCCUCCGGUCCAUGUCGAACGUCGUCUCGCGGGCUCGAUGA